CCAGGAAAUCCUCAACCAAGAAUGUUUCGCCUAAGUAAUGACAAAGCGGUAAUCAACCGUUAUGGAUUUAAUUCACAUGGACACGAAGCGGUAAAAAUUCGGCUUCGAGAUCGUCUCCGAAGAUACCUUUUCCAUGAAAUGAAACUCCAUCCUGUAACCGCCGCCUCAAUGAUUGCCUCGUCGCCUGAUGGUGCAUCAUUGUCGGAUGCACUUGGAAUCAAUAGAAGUUUAAGAGAGGGAAGACUAUUGGGGAUAAAUUUAGGAAAAAACAAAUGGAGUGAUCCGGAAUCAGCAGACGAUUAUGUGAAGGGAAUAAAGACACUUGGCAGUUAUGCCGAUGUAUUGAUUAUAAACGUGAGCAGUCCCAACACUCCUGGAUUGCGAGGAUUACAAAGGAAGGGUGUCUUUGAGAAGCUUCUAAAAAAAGUCGUCGAUGCACGCGAUGAAUUAAGUGGGCCACGCCCUGUGCUAUUGGUUAAAAUUGCACCUGACCUCUCGGACGAAGAAUUGGAUGACAUUGCCGAUGCUGCAGUUUAUAGUAACGUUGAUGGUGUGAUCAUCGCAAACACAUCAACGUCAAGACCCUUGUCGUUGAAAAGUGGAUCACACCUAACUGGCGAAGCAGGUGGCUUAUCAGGACCUCCUAUAAAAAAUUUAUCACUUAGAGCUCUACGAAAAAUAUAUAAACGCACUGAUGGCAAAAUUACACUUAUUGGUUGUGGGGGAAUUGAUAAUGCUGAAGACGCCUUGGAGUACGCAAAAGCUGGUGCCACUUUGGUGCAACUUUAUACUAGUUUUGGAUACGAUGGAGUUGGUAAAGCACGAGAGAUUAAAGAUGGUUUGGUCAAACUAUUAAAAGAUAAAUCGUGGUCUGAUGUUAUUGGAGAUGAAGGAAAUUAG